AAACUGAUUCAAAGAAUUGCUUUAGAAGGACAGAAAGUCAGCAGAAUAGUCUUCCACAGUUGUGCUGGAUUCCUCCCAAUGGCUGAAUCAUCAAGGUGUGAGACCUUCGUCUUCCUGGACUUGGAGGCCACCGGCCUUCCCAAUGCUUAUCCUGAAAUUGCAGAGAUCUCUUUGUUUGCCAUCCAUCGCUUCUCUCUGGAGCACCCAGAGAGGGAUGAGUCUGGUGCCCUACAACUGCCUCGGGUCCUAGAUAAGCUGACCCUGUGCAUGUGCCCUGAGCGACACUUCACCCCAAAGGCUUCAGAGAUCACAGGCCUGAAUAAUCAAAACCUAACCAACAAUCACAAGCCAGGCUUUGAUAGCACUGUGAUCAAAACCCUUCAGCAGUUCCUGAAGCGGCAGGAAUCUCCAAUCUGCCUAGUUGCCCACAACGGUUUUGACUAUGACUUUCCCCUCCUUCGGACUGAGCUGCAGCGUCUGGGCACAGACAUGCCUGAAGGGACCCUCUGCCUUGACACGCUCCCUGCACUGAGGGGCUUGGAUAAAGCCCACCACCACAGCACCAGGGCAAGCCAUGGCAAGAGCUACAGCCUUGGUAAUCUGUACCGCCAGUAUUUUAAUGAUGAACCCAAAGCUGCCGAUUUGGCUGAGGGAGAUGUUUACAUGCUAGUCAUGGUCUUUCUUCAUAGGGCUCCAGAGCUCCUUCAAUGUUUUGAUGAUGAAGCCCAGAGCUGGGAUGACAUCCAACCCAUGUAUACCCCUACUACCAGAAGACCUAGUAGUCGAGGCCACAAUGCCUGAGAUGCCCUAUCUCCACCCUUACCUCUGAGGUUUUAUAGUCAAAGGAUGUGUUUUAGGUGUCUAGGUGAGAAAAGGACCAGCAUUACUCUGGACACUACUGAGUUGACAACUCUGAAGGAGAGGGAGGAGGGGCUUUCGGAAUCUGAGUUGGAAGAGACUUCUGAGGUCAUUAAGGCCUAUAACAUCUUUAACAGGUGGCCAUCUAGCCUUUGCUUGAAGAGGUCUAGUGACAGGGAACCUACUACCUCAUGAGGCAGCCCAGUCCAGUUUUGGAAAGCUCCAACAGUUUAGAAAUUGGGCUGAAACCUGCCUCCCAGCAAUUUCUCCCCCAUCAUUCCUGGUUCUGCCCUCUGAGGCCAAGCAGAAUAAGUCUAAUCCUGCUUUCCUGUGAUAGCUCUUCCAAAAGUUGAUAGCUCUUAUGUCCCUCCUAAGGCUAAUCAUCCUCAAUUCCUUCAACUGCUUUUGGUAGAUAACAUGAUCUUGAGGUCCUUCAUCAUCUCAACUUGCUCUUCUGAACACUCUAAGAAUUGAAAAAAGAGACUCCAGAUGUCUAACCAGGGCUGACUAGGGCUCAGUGGUGCUAUCACCCACCCUCACUCUGCACAUUAUGCCUCUCAGUGGAGUCUUUCAAAAUUUGCUUUUGGGGUUACCAUGCCACCCUAUUGACUCAUGUUGAGUUUAUAAUCCACUGAGACGCCCAGAUCUUUCUCAGACGUAAUGCUGGCUACCCAUCCAUGCCUCUUCCAGCUUGUGCUUGUGAUGCUGAGUUUUAACCCAAAUAAAUAUAACUUAUUAGAUUUGGCCCCACAUUUUAGUAUGUUGAGAUCUGUUCCUUUCUAGUUUUGUCUCAUUUGCACAUUUGACAAACAUAUCGUCUACUCUUUAUUCAAGUCAUCGAUGAAACUGUUAAAUAGCACAGACAUGAACACAAAUCUGGCCAGACCAUUUGACUAUACUACAAUCUA